CUGGCGGCCGCCCGCCCUCCGGUGCCGGACUCCGAGGGUCGCGGUCCGGGAGCAUGACGGCUUUACAGCUCAAAGAGCUCUCUCAGUCGGGGCUCUACCGCCGGAGGAGGGACCGGCCGGACAGCCUGCGGCUCCCGGGGCAGCAGGAGCAGGCGCUCAGCAACAUGGCCAAUGCCCUGGCCAACGCCAGCUGUGAGCGCUGCCGGGGAGGCUUCGCGCCCGCCGAGAAGAUCGUCAAUAGCAACGGCGAACUGUACCACGAGCAGUGCUUCGUGUGCGCCCAGUGCUUCCAGCAGUUCCCCGAGGGCCUCUUCUAUGAGUUUGAAGGAAGGAAGUACUGUGAACAUGACUUUCAGAUGCUCUUUGCUCCCUGCUGUCACCAGUGUGGGGAAUUCGUCGUCGGCCGAGUGAUCAAAGCCAUGAACAACAGUUGGCACCCCGAGUGCUUCCGCUGUGACCUCUGCCAGGGGGUCCUGGCAGACAUCGGGUUUGUCAAGAGCGCCGGGAGACAUCUGUGUCGCCCCUGCCAUAACCGAGAGAAGGCCCGAGGCCUCGGGAAGUACAUCUGCCAGAAGUGCCACGCCAUCAUCGACGAGCAGCCUCUGAUAUUCAAGAACGACCCCUACCAUCCAGACCACUUCAACUGUGCCAACUGCGGGAAGGAGCUGACCGCCGACGCCCGGGAGCUGAAGGGGGAGCUGUACUGCUUGCCGUGCCACGACAAGAUGGGGGUCCCCAUCUGUGGCGCCUGCCGCCGGCCCAUCGAAGGGCGCGUGGUGAACGCCAUGGGCAAGCAGUGGCACGUGGAGCAUUUUGUUUGUGCCAAGUGUGAGAAACCGUUUCUCGGACAUCGCCAUUACGAGAGGAAGGGCCUGGCGUACUGUGAAACCCACUACAACCAGCUAUUUGGUGAUGUUUGUUUCCACUGCAACCGUGUUAUAGAAGGUGAUGUGGUCUCCGCCCUCAACAAGGCCUGGUGCGUGCACUGCUUCUCCUGCUCCACCUGCAGCGCCAAGUUAACGCUCAAGAAUAAGUUUGUGGAGUUUGACAUGAAGCCAGUCUGUAAGAAGUGCUAUGAGAAAUUUCCAUUGGAGCUGAAAAAAAGACUUAAGAAGCUAGCUGAGACCUUAGGAAGGAAAUAACUUCAUCUUAUUUUUUCUCUUCUCUGCAAAGAUAAGAGAUGACAACAUUGCUUGACCUAAUACACCCUUCCUUAAAGCUGUAUUGCAAGAGUUGAGAGUGAAGAAGACCUAUUGAAUGGUUUUCUUCAUCUCCUUUUUCUCAUUAAAAAAAGUUUGUGUAAUCAUAUUUAAAACAUGGAUGAGAUCAAAAUUUGCCUUUGUUAGUAACCCUUAUCAAUUUGAAAUGGCAACUGUACUUAAUAGCAAAAGAAACAUGGUUAAGUGUUAAAUUUUAAUUGAGGUCCAAAAAGUUAAAUAUAACUUCUAAAAAUGAAAGUAAGCAGUCAGCUUUUACGUGACUCAGAUAAAAAUAUAAACACUAUUUUACUUCGUAUUCAAAAGCAAAUUAAUUGCAACUGCAGUUUGGGAGGAUAUAAGAAAGAAAAACAACCAACCAGGAAAAACAGACCUUAUGGAAUCUUAGUGCAUUUAUCAAACUAGUGGCAAAUGAACACACACAUUACUAAGAUAAGAAGCAAGUAUAUUCAGAACUACGUGAUUGGGGGUUUUGUUGUUAGGGUUAUAAACGCCUUAAUUACUGUGCUUAGUUUUACAUUUUGUUCUCCUUGUGAACUUCUUCACACAGUUACUUAACACAGUAGUUAUAGCUGAUAGUAUUCCUUUUUAAAUUUUGUGCAAAACAAUUUAUACUAGGUAUCUGAAAAUACAGUAUACUUUACAAUAUUGGGGAAAUGAAGUAUUUUUUAAUGUAUUACAGCAAUUAUGCUUCUAAGGUUAAGGUCAAAGAUGUAGUCUUAGAAUAGGACAUGAAAUUAAAUGUUAUGUAGUUUGGAAUGUAUCACUUUAAAAAAAAGUGAAUGUAUAUGUGUUGCUCUUAUUGCCUUUAUAACCAGCUAAUAUCUAUGCUUUAUACAUAAACGAACUUGCCUUGCCUUAGAAAAAUACAUACAUUAAUCAGGAAUUCUAGCUGUUUAACACCUUACAAACUAAAAACAAGUGCACUGACUGAGAUUUGUAAACUCAAAUUCAUUUACCACAGCCAUGAUUAUAUGUUAAACUUUUUUUCACUUUUUGGGGAAACACAUUGAAAUUAAUUUCUGUAAUCUUACUAGAAGAGAAGGAUGUUGAUGUGUGUUUCAAAUUUUUCAUUACAAAUCUCAUAAUUAGAUUUUAUUUCCUAUAAGUAGGAGGCAUAAAUGACACUUUUAAAUUGCAAGAGGAAUGUUUAGGUAUCAAUUUUAGGUUAAAAGUGGUGAAUUACUUUACUUUGUAAGAAGUUUUAUCCUGAAGUUUCUGGACCAGUCUUUCCUGAUAAACUUGUAUGCAAAGCAAAUUUUGUGAACAUUUUUUAAAUGUUGCUGCUGCUAUGUUAUCAUGUAAAAGAAAAUUGCCAAGGUGGACUUAGGGGGAAAUUAUUGGUUUUUCCAAAAAUUGCUGAAAUACUGUUUUACCAUUAAAAAAAAAAAAUCUCAGGAUGCUACCAGUCUGCCAUUAAAAUAUUUGUAUGCAUGUAUUUUUUAAACAUUUGUGCAUGCACUUUACAGAGUAAACUGUAUUUCAGUUAAUUUAUAACCAAUUGCUUUAUUUUUUAGUGUUCUUUUAGAGUUCAAAGAAUUAUCAGUGAUUGAAGAUAAUCAAUAUAUAGUUCAAGACUGUGCUUAGAAGUCUGAAACUGUCUUUGCAUUUGACAGCAAGAAUCAGAAUCCCUUCAGCGUGCCUUUGUCAGCUAAUAUAUGACCAGCAACAAAAAUCUUCAAAGUAUUUAUUAAAUACUAUACUGUGGAUACAGGCAGAAUAGUGCAGGGUUUUCAGUCUGGGGGUCUCGAUGCCAAAUUCCUAAAUGCUCUCCCACCAGAAAUUCGGAGCAGAAGGCGCCCAUUUGCCUGUGUUUCUAAUCACUGGGAAGAGGCAUGGGCUGAACUGCUGCUCGGUUCAUGUCUCUCCUGUAGCAGAGGUCCCACUGCUCACCCCUCUCAUAAAAUACGAGUUCGUAUUUCCUGCAAGUCUGCCUCAUUAAGCCUCCAAGGCUGUGGGGUGUUUUAUCCAGACACACACCUUCUCCGCUGUAGGGGACACAGAGCCCUCACUCGUGGGGGGAGGAAGGGCUGAACAGUUGUCAGUGGACGAGAGGAUGGACUUGCUUACUUCACGGUGUUUCGCACGGCUUCCUCUGGCCGGAGAGAAACUCAGGCUAGUGAGCGAAUCUUGGCUUAAAAUCCUACAAGGCCGUUUGAAAUAAUUCACUGUUUACCGCUUCUAGGUGGUCUUUUUCUUAUCAAGCCUAAGAUAAUGGGGAAAACGUUUGGGUACAAGUCAAACGUUCUUUGGAUCAUGUUCAAAGCCUUAUUAACAUUGUAACUGAUGGUAGAUCAUUUUGCCUCAUUUAUUUGCCAAAAUAGCAAUUUCUAAAUUAAGGAAAUUUUGAGGUCGGCUUACAGCAUUGUUAUUGUAUUUCAUUUUAGAUUGUAAGCUCAGUGGCAGGGACACUAUGUCAAUAAUUGUGUUUUUAUAUAGCAACCAGUGCAGUAUACUCUUGGUGCUUAAUAAAUGUUCAUAAUUGUUAAAAAUAA